CCACGGUCCAGCCGCUGCACGGGCCGGGCCAUGUCCCCGAGUUCUGAGUCACCGCCGGAAGCCUGGCCAGGACUCAAAGCGGACGUGAAACAUCCACGGAGCUGGAAGAGCCGCCGCCGCCGCCGCAGGAAUAUCCCAGACCUCCUCCGAUGGAUGCUCUCUGCGAAGCAAAUGGCACUUUUGCCAUCAACUUAUUAAAAAUGUUGGGUGAAGAGGACCACUUACGAAACGUGUUCUUCUCUCCGCUGAGCCUCUCCUCCGUCCUGACCAUGGUCUUAAUGGGGGCCAAGGGGAACACGGCGGCCCAGAUGUCCCAGGCACUUUGUCUGAAUGAAGGUGGAGAUGUCCACCGAGGUUUCCAGUCACUCCUCAGGGAAGUCAGCAUGUCUGGCCCACAGUGCCUGCUCAGAACUGCCAACAGACUCUUUGGGGAAAAGACAUGUGAUUUCCUGCCAGCUUUUAAAGAAUCCUGCCAGAAGUUCUAUCAGGCUGACCUGGAGGAGCUGUCCUUUGCUGAAGACACUGAAGAAAGCAGGAAACACAUAAACGACUGGGUGAUGGAGAAGACGGAAGGUAAGAUAUCAGAGAUACUGGGGGCUGGGACAGUCGGUCCUCUGACUAAGCUGGUCCUGGUGAAUGCCAUCUAUUUCAAAGGCAAGUGGAAUGAGCAGUUUGACAGAAAGCACACCAGGGGAAUGCUCUUUAAGACUAAUCAGGAGAAGAAGACAGUACAGAUGAUGUUCAAGCAAGCCAAGUUUAAAAUGGGGCACGUGGAGGAGGUGCCUGCCCAGGUCCUGGAGCUGCCCUACGUGGGGGCCGAGCUGAGCAUGCUCAUCCUUCUGCCUGAUGAGGACAUGGAUCUUGCUGUUGUGGAAAAAGCACUUACAUAUGAGAAGUUCAGAACCUGGACGAGUCCAGAAAAGCUGACUGAGGAGAAAGUUCAAGUUUUUCUUCCCAGAUUAAAGCUGGAGGCAAGUUAUGACUUGGAGGCUUUUCUUCGAAGUUUAGGAAUGACUGAUGCUUUUGAGGAAGCCAAGGCAGACUUUUCCGGAAUGUCAGCUAAGAAGAAUGUGCCCAUGUCCAAGGUUGCACACAAGUGCUUCGUGGAGGUCAAUGAGGAGGGCACAGAGGCAGCCGGAGCCACUGCCGUGGUCAGGAACUCCCGGUGCUGCAGAAUGGAGCCACGAUUUUGUGCAGACCACCCUUUCCUCUUCUUCAUCAGGCACCGGGGAACCAACAGCAUUUUGUUCUGUGGCAGGGUCUCUUCUCCCUAAGAGGCGCGGUCGCUGUACUUCUCUCUUCUCACUUCUACACACUCCGCCUUACUCCAAAUUCUGGUGGCCAAAUUGAUGCAGUGGUUUGACUGCUGAAAUAAAGUGCAAUUGUGCUUAA